GUUCACAUUAUAAAACGUGUAGUUGAAUAAGAAGGGCAUAUUGAACGUGUACUAAUAUCUUGCUGGAUUAAUCAUCGUAAUCCACAGUUCAUAGUUGUACGCCUUCUUUAAUUUGUUGAACGACAAAAGUUGUUUGGGAUAAGUGAUAAAGCCAGACCCAAGGUCCAUAGCUCAAUAUUCAUCUAACAUUUUUUGAGGUGAAGGUGAAGAAUAUUUUCAAUGCAGUUGUUUGUUGUUUGUUGCUUACAAAGUUGGAGUUGAAUGAAUGAAUUAUAAAUAUUGUAUUUCUUUUGCAAGCUGUCGUGCUUAUCCAGUGACGAAGUAGUUCAGAGGUUAUCGGGUUAUUUUUAGUUAUGCUAAAAAGUUUAGUUAGUUAGCUAAAACUGUGUCGUGAUAAAACAAACUAUGUGAGUUGACACGUUGGACAUUCCAGUCUGUGAGAAUGUGAAAGUGUGCAGCAUGUGGCCCUGAUAAGGAAGUUAUUAUUUUAGUGUUUACUUCAUUACCUGAAGUAAAAUUUGCUAUACUGCAUAAACUAUUAAUAAAUAUGCUGGAUUUCUCAUGGUGUGUUCAAAAGCAGUUUAAGGAAAAACACAUGAGGACACGAAGAGGAGAAAACUAUUUCGUCUCCUUCGCUUGCGGCGUCGUACGAUUAUGAAGAUUUUAUCACUUCUGGUUGUACUGCUUGCUUUUUGUCGGGAGACUAGGCACCAAUUCCCCAUAUUUUACCCACCCUUCUCUUUAUCACUGGCAAAUGAGGAAUUUAUUGAACCAUCACCACCAGUUGUUCAAGAAGAAUCGAACGUGAUUUCUAAUAAUCACCAGAAUACUCUGAACAAUGACCACCCAUCGCCAAUAAUACCGCCACCGUCGUCCGUAGUUGAAAACCCAGCAAUACAAGAUGCAACCAAAGUUUAUGUAGACCAAACCAACAAUGAUUUUCCUAAUAUUUCACCACCAUUUAAAACAACUCAAAGUUUGCAGUCAGAGCAAAAACCAGUGGCAGAUGAUGGCAAACCAUCAGCACCCAACGAAAUCGAUUCUGCAGACUCUGCAGUUAGUAGUCAAAACCAAAAUGUGAUACAGGGAGAAGUUGAAGGAGGGGAGGGAAAUAAAACUAAUGACGAUACUCACGGAUCUCAAACAGAAAAACACUCGCCGCCGCCAGGACCUGUGGUACUUGAUACACAGAAAAGGGGCGACGAAGAUGAGCCUAUUCCAUCUUACAUGGAAUGGGCACAGAAAAAGCAGAUGGAACUGAAGUCUAAUUCGGCAGGUCAAAAUGGUCAUUCUGGUGUCGCCGGUGGAGGUGGACAAGGGAGUCAUCAUCAAGCUCAAAAUGGACAUGGCCAAAAUGGUGGGAAGAAUGGUUCAGUCACUUCAGCAACUGGAGUAGACGCGAAAAAUUUUGCAUCACCGGAUUGCGGCGCAAAAGUUGUACAAUCUAAUGCAGAGUCACAGAACCCCAGUGGCGUUCUAAGUUCCAGUCAUGACGAAUACAUGUUAAAUAAGUGUGGGACAACUAUAUGGUUUGUGGUCGAACUGUGCGAACCUCUAACCAUAGAAAGAAUCUCAAUUGGAAACUUGGAAUUGUUUUCAUCUUCGCCAAAGGAAGUCGAAUUUGGAAUUAGUGAUAGAUACCCAACAAGAGAUUGGGUCAAGUUGGGCCCCUUCACUCUUCCCGAUGCACGAGCUAUUCAUCCCGUUGUGCUUCCAGCUACCAAUGCAUCUACUUUUGGCAAAUUUGUGAAAUUCUCCGUUCAUAGCCAUCAUGGGAGUGAACACUAUUGUCCUAUCAGUGUAAUCCGUGUGAAUGGGAAGAGCGAGUAUGAAGUACUUGAGAGCGAAACAACACAUCAAGAAGAUGAGAGUAAAGAAGGUGGAGCAUUGUAUGAGGAACCCAUUGAAGAAGUAGCAACACAGAAUACAGGCGAAGCAAGUGGAGGCAAAGUUGGAGGAUUGAAGGACGCUGUGCUAAAUAUGUUGAAUAAAGCUGUCCAAUCAAUUGUGCGACGAGGCUUUAGCUCUUCUAACUCGGAAGCAAACGGCGAAACAGACCAACUUUCACUUUUAAAAUCGCAGUGCCGUUCGAUUUUGCAAUGUGUCCCUCACAGCCAUUUGACCCAUGACAUUUACAGAUUGCUCUCAUGUAAUUCCUCUAUCCUUCUCCCAUUUCUGGCUGCCAAUUCUCCCUGGUGUGGAUGGGACUAUUGCCAUGCCACGUUCGAAACUAGGAGCAUUGGCUUACCCUGGCAGCCAGAAGGAUUUUAUGCAAGUCUUUUUGGGGGGCCGAGUGUUCUUAUCGCUCUCUGCCACUACUUAAAACCUAUGACGGAUGGAUGUGAUCCAACCUGUUUAGCAAUGAAUAAUAACACAUUCCAUCAAGACAACGUUUCCGAAUAUAUCAAUGAAAGUUUUGUCGCUGAAAACAAUACAAUUGGCGGAUUUACAGUUCAAGUUGAACAUCAACCCCAAAUUCCACCAACGACUUCGUCUGGACACGAAACACUAGAGGAACCGUCGGGGCUGCCCAAACCGACAACUGACACGGUUCAAGAUACAACACAGCCUCCCGUGGUGCAACAAUUAGAUGCACCGCCGGUACAAGCAUCUGGAUAUAUUCCAUCAACGUUACCCACUGGUUCUGGGGCAAACUUGAAUAGCGGAUCACCACCUCAACAACCCCACCUGCAGCAGCAGCAGCAACAACAACAACAAGAAACUCAAAUACAACCUCCUGCUCCAGUGUCUCCUGAAGACAUUGCGUCCAUGCAACAAGGCCAACCCCAGCAAAAGGAAUCUGUAUUUGUACGACUUACUAAUCGCAUCAAAAAUUUAGAAAGAAAUCAAAGCUUAACGGCUUCAUAUUUGGAAGAAUUGUCAAAGCGAUUCAAGAAACAGAACGAAGAUAAUGCAAUACUUGCUGAAUCAAAUAGAAAGACUAUGAACGAGACUCGCGUCAAAAUGUUUCAGCUGGACGAAUUUUAUAGACAAGAGUCACAAAGCUUAAGACGAAAUCUGGAUGAUGUACGAGAACGGUUGUUUAAUGUCCAGCUUCAACGGAGUUUGCUUGUCAUUAUUUGCCUGUCUCAAACUAUGCUGAUUAUUGGUGCAAUAGUCUGGGGAAAAAAGAAAUUCGCAAAUCUUCAGCAGCAAACUAUAGAUCAGAUGAUGACUCCCUCGGUGUCAUCUCGAAGACAGACUUUGACAGACGUGCUUUUGUAUCACGAGAAACGGCGAGAAUCGGAUCCUUUGUUAUCAACGGCAUCUUGUAUGCAACCACUUCAUAGUCGCAAUGUUGACAGCAUGGAUUCUUCUGCUGAAGCUACUCGAGUACUAGUCAUGCGGAAAAGAUCAAACUCGGACACUGUGCCAAGCGAAAAGGCCAAACGAAGGAAAGAAAAGAGGAUUAAAAAACAACUCGCAAACGCAAAAACUGGCCUACAAGUUACAGAUUCCAAACUUCCUCUUCCUCCUAUCACAUCAAGUGUCCCGCUUCAAACAACUGGAAUAAAAACUUUAGACAAAAUUAAUCCCGAGUUUACAUUUAAAAUGCCAAAAUCUCGUUCCGGUGAUAACGGAUUCUUUGAUGUUCCUAAGACCACAACUACUAUUACUAAACCAAAGGAAAAUGUUGACCCACAAUUUUCAGAAUCAAUAGUUACCUCCAACUUAAAUCUACCAAAAAGUCGAAGUUUAACCAACUCAAAUUCAAAUUCCCCUACAUUGCAACUCAGGCCUCAGACUCUACAACAAGCAAAAACAACACUUUCAACUUCAUUAGCAAGAAAAGAUGACGACUUUACACUGCAACCAAAAAUAUCCUCCUCCGCCUUUGUUCAGGAUCCAAUAAUUUCUACCUCCACUCGGUUUGCCCUUCUAGCUUCACCCACCCGAGAAUCACACUCACCUUCUCCAAGUUUUUCUAGUAGUAGAGAAAGAUACUUUCCUACACUUUCCGGUAACACUGUUAGUGUGCCCCCUUCUAUAUCGACACCGUACCACCGAAGUGGAUCUACGGAAUCGUCUGCUUCAACUGGAAGCACCCAGAGUGGCUCGUUAUCCCAAACUAGCAGUGGUGGCUUGACGGGGAUCUUUAAUAAUGGACAUCGUCCGGCAUCUAUUUCAUCAAAUGAUUCUUCUGCUAUCCCUGCGUCUGCAUUGCUAGAGGGUCAAGUAAAGAAAGGAAGAAAAGGUGGACUAAAGGCUUUUAUGCCAAAAUUUUUCGAUCGGUGAUACAUAAAAUUAAUGAAACGAAUCAAAUUACAGAGUUGGAUUAUAAUACAAUGAUGAUAUUUUUGUACCUAGUAUAGUAUCACAUGCAAUCUUUUUACAAGUUAAUAAUUUUACAGAUGUAUAUUAAUGUUUCUCAGCAUGUAUAUAUUUUGGGAGGUCCUCUAUGUUCGAUACUGGAGUAAUUUUGUAUAAUCGUAUGGGCUGAGAAAUUAAUACCCCUCACACAAUAUUGGCAUGUGUGCUGAACAGAAGAAGCUGAAGAAUCGAUCGUUAUUAAGAAUGAUAAUAUUAUCGUAUUACAUUUUUUUAGAGUGGUUGAGUUUGCUUAACAUAAUUAACUUAUUUCAUUGAGACUGAUUACUUGAUUGAAUUCUAUUUUCAUCUUCUAUAAUGGAUGUCAUUGUUGUCUGUUGCAUAACUUACAGAUUUUAAUGCAUAAUAAAAACUGAAUGUAACUACAAAAAA